ACAAAACGGGUGCAAAAUAUAUGACAAGUGAGUCAUUUAAAAGUGGUUCAACAACAAAAAAAAAGAACCUGUCAUCGUUAACUUACCCUUAUCAUGUCAAUCCAGAAGAACUUUCACCUUCGUUUCAUAUGACUCAAAAGGAAAUGUUGUAGAAUGUUUCUGCUCCUCUUUUCCAUUCAAUUAAAGUAAAUGGGUUGGCCACUCAUGAGCACAAAAAUUAUAAAAAAUGUGUAAAAAUACCAUGAUAAUACUCUGUAUAAGCUGUAUUGCAAUUCUUUCGAUACCUUUUUGCUCAGUGUGAUGAAAAUCCAAAUUUGAGCUUAAUGGAUUCCUUGCACUGAGAUUUGUGAUGCACCUGUUUUCCAAUAGUAUACCUCAAUAGUUUCCAGUUAUAAUCUAGAUAUUUUCAGGGACACAAUCUGUAUUAAGUAGAUGUGCAUGUAGUCCACAGCACAUGUCCCAAUUUUUUUAUUGUAUGGAAAAGAAUAGAAUCAGUCCAAAUGUGAUGUUUGUAUGCAAAUUCUGAAAGAUUUAGUCCCUAUGAGCUUUGCAUUAGCAUUCUUUCUGUGAUCAGACAGGUCAUAUAAUACACUUAGAUGUUUUCUACAUUCACACAGAGUUGAGGUAAAUAAAGACUUGCAACAGAAUUGUCACCAACCAGUGGAUGAUGUUCUACAAAGAGUUAAAGAGAUUCACAAAACUGGCAUGAGGAAAAAGUAUGAGCACGUAUUUGAGGGACUCAAAAUACAAGAGAAUGAAACUCUACUGAACAUGAUUUAUACACAUCUGUACAUAAUAGAGGGAGAAUAUGAAGGGGUGAAUGAAGAACAUGAGGUUUUACACAUGGAGAAAACACCCAGAACACAAAACUCACAAGACACCCCAAUCUACUGCAAUCACAUAUUUGACGCUUCAAUUAAACAAGCAAAAAUAAAGACUGUUCUCACUAAAGGCAUUGCUGGAAUUGGAAAAACAGUCUCUGUGCAGAAGUUCAUUCUGGAUUGGGCCGAGGGAAAAGCCAAUCAGGAUGUAGAUUUCAUGUUUGUGCUUCCAUUUCGAGAGAUUAACUUGGUAAAAGAGCAGCGGUAUAGUCUUCACAAACUUCUUCUGACCUUCUACCCUGAGCUUCAAAAUCUGGACUCAAAGACUUAUGCUGAGAGUAAAGUGGUGUUCAUCUUUGAUGGUUUGGAUGAAAGCAGAAUUUCGCUCUUUUUAGACACUGACACAGUUUCUGAUGUGCAUGAGUUUUCACUGGUGGGUGUGCUGAUGUCAAACCUCAUGAAAGGAGAGCUACUUCCCACUGCUCUCAUCUGGAUCACCUCUAGACCAGCAGCAGCCAGCCAGAUCCCCUCAAAAUACAUCAACCGUGUGACUGAAAUUCAGGGAUUCAAUGACUCUCAGAAGGAACAAUAUUUCAGGAAGAGAAUUAGUGAUGAGCAUCAAGCCAGUAGAAUCAUUUCACACAUUAGAAAAACGAGAAGCCUUCACAUUAUGUGUCACAUACCAGUCUUCUGCUGGAUCUCAGCCACUGUGCUUCAGAACCUCUUGAAACAAGAUGACAGUGCAGAAAUCCCUCAAACUCUGACAGAAAUGUACAUACACUUCCUGAUCAUUCAGAUAAAUGUUAAGAACCAAAAGUAUAAUGGGUCAGAUCCAAAAACCCUGCAGUCCAACAAAAAAUUCAUCUUGAAACUUGCUGAACUGGCUUACAAGCAGCUGAUGAAGGGCAAUAUCAUGUUCUAUGAGGAGGAUCUGAAAGAGUGCAGCAUAAAUGACACUGAUGCCUCAGUGUAUUCUGGGAUUUGCACUGAAAUUUUCAGGGAGGAAGCUGUUGUUAAUGCGAGAAAAGUCUACUGCUUUAUACAUCUAAGUUUUCAAGAGUUUCUUGCUGCAUUUAAUGUAUUUUACUACUAUGUGAAUGUGACUAUGGAGGUGCUGAGUUGUUUUACCGCACUGCAUCGCUUGUUUAAAGGGGUAGUAGACAAAGCUUUAGAAAGUCAGAAUGGGCAAUUUGAUCUUUUCCUUCGAUUCCUUUUGGGCAUCUCACUGGAGUCCAAUCAAGGACUUUUAUAUGGUCUUUUGGCUCACACUGAGAGCAGCUCUGAGAGCAUAAAAGAAAUCACAAAGUACAUUAAACAGAAAAUCAAAAAGGAUCCUCAUCUGUCAGCAGAUAGAUCCAUCUGCCUGUUCCUCUGUCUGCUGGAAGUCAAAGAUCAGACUCUUUACAGAGAGAUCCAGGAGUUUCUGACCUCAGCGAAACACUCAGAGAAGAAACUCUAUCCUGGACACUGCUCAGCAAUAGCCUAUAUGCUUCAGAUGUCAGACGAGGUGAUGGAUGAGCUGGAUCUUAAGAAAUACAACACAUCAGAGGAAGGUAGAAAGAGACUUAUACCAGCUAUGAGGAACUGCAGAAAAGCUCUGUUUUCUGGCUGUGAUCUCAUUGAUCAGUGCUGUGAAUCUAUAGCUUCAGCUCUGCAAUCAGCUGACUGUCCCCUGAGAGAACUGGACAUGAGUAACAAUGACCUGCAGGAUUCAGGAGUGAAGCUACUCUGUGAUGGACUGAAGAAUCCUAACUGUCCACUAGAAACACUCAGAUUGUCUGGCUGUAUGGUGACAGAGGAAGGCUGCUCAUACCUGACAUCAGCUCUGAGUUCAAAUCCCUCAUACCUAAGAGAGCUGGAUCUGAGCUAUAAUCACCCAGGAGAUUCAGGAGUGAAGUUGCUAUCAGAUCUAAUGCAGAAUCCAAACAUCAAGUUGGAGAAACUCAAUUUGGAACAUGGAGAUCAGAUCAGAAUCACACCUGGCCUACGGAAAUAUUCAUGUGAUAUCACAUUGGAUCCAAACACAGCACACACUCAGCUCAUCCUGUCUGAGGGCUACACAAAAGUGACAUAUGUGAAAGAGAAGCAAUUGUAUCCUGAUCAUCUGGAGAGAUUUGAGAACUUCGAGCAGGUUCUGAGCAAAGAGAGUCUGUCUGGACGAUGUUACUGGGAGGCUGAAUGGAGCGGACAGGCUGUUAUAGCAGUGUCGUAUAAAGGAAUCAGCAGGAAAGGAGGAAGAGAAUGUCGGUUUGGACUCAAUGAAAAAUCUUGGAUUCUGUUCAACUCUGAUAACAGAUUUACUGCCUGUCAUAAUAAUAAGAGACACGAUGUACCAGCCCCUUCACCUCCCUCUACUAGAGUUGGCCUGUUUGUAGACUUGCUGGGUGGCGUUCUGUCCUUCUACAGUGUCUCUGACACACUCACACACUUACACACAUUUCACUGCACUUUCACAGAGCCUCUCUAUGCAGGAUUUUUACUUGACUUGGGAUCCUCAGCAUCUCUGUUCCCUGUCAGGGACAAUAGGCACAUCAGUCACACAACUGGGUGAAUUUUUUUUAGAAUACUUAGCUUUU